AAUCCAGGCCUUAUUUCAGUGUCGAGCGGUCGCUGGCGUUGAGCGGCUGAAUUUUUCAAGAUCAGCUGAGAAUUAAACUGAAUCUGCCAUGAGGGCGUUUGUCUUUGUCUGCCUGCUGGUGGGAUGGGUGGGCGUGGCCACGCCCAGGCGACUGCGAGCACCACAAGCUGAUCGACUGCCAAUUACCCUGUACUACGAAGCACUGUGUCCCUACUGCAUGCAAUUUGUCACCACCCAACUGAGUCCUUCGAUGAUCCGACUGGCUCGACUGCCCUUUACUGAUCUUACGCUAAUUCCCUUUGGAAAUGCCAGGACCGACGCCGCCGGAAAUGUGAACUGCCAGCACGGAGAGCUGGAGUGCGAAUUGAAUGCCUGGCACGCCUGCGUACUGGAGCACCAUGACAUUGUCGAAUCCCUGAAGCUGAUCGCCUGCAUGAUGCGGUUCAAGAAGAACAGGCUGGACAAGUGCGCUGACCGCCUUAAAAUCGACGUGAGCGAUGUCAAAAACUGCAAGAAGACGCGGCGGGUGAAUGACAUUCUGAAGAAAUACGGCGAGGAGACAGCAAAGAUCCCAUUUCAGGGAGUGCCAGCCAUAGCGAUGGACAAUAUUUAUGAUGCAGAUAUAUCGGCCAAUUUAACUGACAAUUUUGAUUCCAUUUUUUGCGCCAAGUACAAGGAGAAGUUCAACAAGAAGCUGGACAAUUGUCAGUAAAUUUAUUGUCCGUUUUUCAGGCCCUUACUUUUUCAGUUUGUGUUCAUCCUCGAUCAA